CAUAACAUGCAUGGCUGUGUUUCAUUAUAAAGUAUCCAGCUGGAGAUUAAAGCCAUUCAUGUUCUCCCCACGUACAAAAUGUCAUUCUGAAUUAUUAUCAUCAUAUUUACACUCCUUUUCCCCCUCUGAUAUGGUAUCAUUGUCUUGAAUUGCAUAUGUACUUGAAAACAUGGUCGGUAGCUAUCAUAGGAAAUAUCAUAUCUUCUACUUACCAUCCGUGCAACAGCCAAGAUUGCUUAACAUCAACCUGCUGGCAUGUAAUACAGACACACACCCUUGACAUUCUACAGUGACUGUGAAUUACAUUGAGCAUGUUGUGCUAUCUGUCCAUGAUGAUGAAAAGAGAUGGAUUACCAUUUUCAUUUCAUUUUCCGGGAUUUUGGAGAUGCUUUCUUUUUCUGCUGGUCUCUCUCUCUCGUUCUUUCUCAUUCUCACUUUCCCUCUCUCGCUCGUUCUCUCUCUUUGUCUCUUUCUCGUUGUCUCUCUCACUCUCUCAUUCUCUUGCUAGUUCUCUCUCUCGUUCUGUCUCAUUCUCUCUCAUUCUGUUCUCAUUCUCUCUCAUUCUGUUCUCAUUCUCUCUCGUUCUGCUCUCAUUCUGUUCUCAUUCUCUCUCGUUCUGUUCUCAUUCUCUCUCGUUCUGUUCUCAUUCUCUCUCGUUCUGUUCUCAUUCUCUCUCAUUCUGUUCUCAUUCUCUCUCUUUCUCUCUCGUUCUGUCCUCAUUCUCUCUCGUUCUGUUCUCAUUCUCUCUCGUUCUGUUCUCAUUCUCUCUCGUUCUGUUCUCAUUCUCUCUCAUUCUGUUCUCAUUCUCUCUCGUUCUGUUCUCAUUCUGUUCUCAUUCUCUCUCGUUCUGUUCUCAUUAUUUCUCGUUCUCUCUCGUUCUCUCUCAUUCUCUCUCUCGUUCUCGCUUUCGUUCUCGCUUUCGUUGCCGUUCUCUCUCGUUCUCUCUGGCUCUCUCGUUCUCUCUCUGGUUCUCUCUCUUAUUCUCUCUCAGUGCAUGCUGGGAGUGUUUUGUAGUUGAGAGGCCGUGUGGAUUGUUCUUUAAAAAAAAUAUAUAUAUGGUGGUGAGUUAACGCACUGUUAGUUUAGCGGUACCCACUGGUUUUGUUCAAAGUUAGGGAGGAAGAGGACAGAGUUUUAGUUUCCUGGGGUUUGAACGGUGUGGUGUGCGCGAUGGCGUCGUAGCUUAGCGCAGAGGAGACGCUAUCAUUACGGUAUGAUUCAGGUGUGUUCCUGAGAAUGGAGUUAAAGUGUAGGAGGUUCUGCUUGAAUUUAUACAUUCUGCAUUCAGAAUGAACAAAACUGUGGUUGUGUUCAUGAAAAUAGUACAUUUAGUGGGUAGGCUAAUUACUAGUGGAAUAUUUGUAAGGGAUGUGUUGGUGGCAAUUUCUCGUCUUCCGACUCCUUCGACAACGGCUGUAGUUGCCAAUCUGCCUCCAUUUAUUACGGAUGAUCAAAUCCGUACAGAGCUGAGUAUUUUGUGAACAAACAUAAACCGUGGAUUGAGACUUCAUACCAUGGGGUAAUCACAGAGAACAUGGACAUCGUUCAACUGGACCCUCCGCUGGUGGCCCUUGAUAAAGACGCCCCCGUCCCCUACGCAGGGGAGAUCUGUGCAUUUAAGAUCCAUGGUCUGGAGGCUCCGUUCGAGGCGGUGGUGCUGAACGGGACGUCUGGUGAGGGCCAGCUGAGGGCCAGGGGCCUGGUGGACUGUGAGCUUCAGAAGGAGUAUACCUUUAUCAUUCAGGCCCAUGACUGUGGAGCAGGACCCGGGGGCACCGGGGGGAAGAAGUCACACAAGGCAGUGGUACACAUCCAGGUGAAUGAUGUGAAUGAGUUCUCUCCAGUGUUCCGGGAGGCCCAGUACCACGCGGCGGUGACAGAGGGGAAGAUCUAUGACAACAUACUGCAGGUGGAGGCUACAGACCAGGACUGUUCUCCACAGUACAGCCAGAUCUGUAACUACCAGAUCACCACCACCAACACACCCUUCGCCAUCGACCGCAAUGGUAACAUCAGGAACACAGAGAAGCUGAGCUUUGAUAAGCAGCAACAGUAUGAGGUCCUGGUCACAGCCUUCGACUGCGGACAGAAGAGAUCCACAGAGAGCGUGGUGGUACACAUCUACGUUAAACCUGUCUGCAAACCUGGCUGGCAAGACUGGGACAAAAGAGUGGACUAUGAGCCAGGCACAGGCAGCAAGCAGCUGUUUCCCAAGAUUAAUCUGGAGACGUGUGGAGGGCUUCUCUCCUCAGUGAGGACCACGGUAGAGCUACAGACCAGCCAUAUUGGGAAGGGCUGCGACCGGGAGACAUACUCUGAGAAGUCCCUGCAGAAACUCUGUGGGGCCUCGUCGGGCAGCACAGACCUUCUCCCCGCCCCCAGCGCCUCCACCAAUUGGACGGCGUCCCUGGUGACGGACAGUGAGCGAGACAGCGACCUCAUCUUCCGGUUUGACGGGCGGCAAGCGGCGAAGAUUCCGGACCAGGUGGUACCACAGAACCUGACUGAUCAGUUCACCGUCGCCACGUGGAUGAAGCAUGGACCCAAUCCUGGACUGAGAGCGGAGAAAGAGACCCUGCUCUGCAACUCUGAUAAAACAGAGAUGAACAGACACCACUACUCCCUUUACGUCCAUAACUGUCGUCUGGUCUUCCUGCUCCGGAGAGACUUCAUCCAGGUGGACACCUUCAGACCUGCAGAGUUCCACUGGAAACUGGAUCAGAUCUGUGAUAAGGAGUGGCACUAUUACGUCAUUAACGUGGAGUUUCCUGUGGUGACACUCUACGUGGACGGAGUGACCUACGACCCUUACCUGGUGACAGACGAUUGGCCGAUCCACCCCUCUCAGAUUGAUGUACAGCUCACUGUGGGCGCCUGCUGGCAAGGUGGUGAGGUUACGAAGCCGCGGUUCACGCAGUACUUCCGGGGCAGUCUGUCAGGGCUGACCAUCAGGCCAGGGAAGAUAGAGAGCCAGAAAGUGAUCUCCUGUCUACAGGCCUGUAAGGAAGGACUGGACAUCAACUCACUGGAGAGCCUGGGCAAGGGCAUCAAGUUCCACUUCAACCCAGCCCAGUCGAUCCUGGUGAUGGAGGGAGAGGAUCUGGAGAACAUGAACGCCGCUCUGAGGAAGGUCUCCUACAUCAACUCCCGCCAGUUUCCCACACCGGGCAUCAGACACCUGCACAUCUCAACCUCAGUACAGUGUUUUGGGGAGGACACGUGUAUCUCCAUCCCAGACAUCGAUGCAGUGGUGAUGGUGCUGCAGCCCAGUGAACCCAGGAUCACCAUAGCUGGGGUGGACAGACUGACCAGGCCAGCAGCUGACCUCAGAGGAUCAGCAGGACUCACUCUGUUCCAGGACCUUCACAUCAUCAGUACUGUCACCAAGGGAGACACAGCCUCACACCAUACAGCGGGCAGGCCGGGGGUCCAGGAGGAGAUCCUUCAUAACCUGGACUACUGUGACAUCCUGGUGCUGGGGGAGGAGCUGAGGCCGGAGCAGGAGAGUCUCCAGCUGCAGCGUAGCACCCUGCUGGGGAAACACCUGGACGCCACCAACUCCACAUCCGGCAUGUCUAUAUACGGUGUGGACUCCAUGUCCAACUAUGAGCAGGUGAUCAGGCAGGUGCAUUACUACAACUGGCACCCCACCCAGACCCCAGACAGGAAGUUCCGUCUCACCUGCUCUGAGCUAAACGGACGCUACACCAGCAAUGAGUUCACCCUGGAGAUCAGUGUACUCCACAAAUCAGAGGCUGGGGAGCAUGUCAAUCAAAUGGUAGCCCCGUCCCAGUACAUGCAAGUCGUUCCUCAUCUGGCCAUGGUCCACAGUCUAUACCCCACACACGGUCCAGGAGUCCCCAGUGCUGCCACAGUGGUGAUAGUGAUCUGUAUCGCCGCCCUGGUGGUGGUGGUUGUGCUAGGCAUCUACCGUAUUCACCUGACACAUCAACAGGAGGGCAGGAGCUCAGACACAACCAAGGAGGGAGAGCUGGACUGGGACGACUCAGCGCUCAAAAUCACAGUCAAUCCUAUGGAGAGCUUCCAGGAGCCCCAGGAAGCUGAGGAAGAGGCCAGCGAGGAGGACGAGGAGGAGGAUGAUGAAGAGGAAGACGAUGACAUCACCAGCGCCGAGUCAAACGACAGCGAGGAGGAGGAUGUCGUCCCAGGAACUCUCAGUGUAAAACAUGGCAGCAAGAGGGGCCAGCUGGACUGGGACAACUCUACAUUAACCUACUGAAUACAAUCACACAUACACACUGACGUACACACAUACACACAAACACUAAUGUACAUACACACACGCUGAGGCCUCAACAUACACACUACCAUAAAAUCAAUUGUUUAAUCAUGAGAGACUACCUGAGAUUUCUCUUAAUUGAGUUAACAUCUCCCCCUACUGGUGAAAAUGGAAAUGGUGAUGAGAAUAGAAUGAGCACUAAAGUAAUACACGUGUCAAACACACAGCCCUAAACACACACACACACACACACACACACACACACACACACACACACACACACACACACACACACACACACACACACACACACACACACACACACACACACACACACACACACACACUCACAUACAAGCGAACAACGCCAGCUUGUACUCCAUUUAAAAAUACUCCUUUCCUGAAUGUCAAAUCAUCUGGUGAUAACUAAAGGCUACAAUGUGGUACUCCAAUGCUGUAAUACUAUCUUGUGGUCCUGAGUCAGUACCACAGACCUCAAGCCCUAGUCCACAAGCUCACAGUUUAUCUACUGUUUUAUACUGAGACUGUGAAGAAGAAAAAAUACUAAAUACUGCAUACAGCUGAAAUUGCUCGUCAAACAUCUGAUUUCCACUAUUUUUUCAGGGUCUAAAAUUGAAUCUGAAAAACUGUGGUCCUAUAGGUCGCCAUUAUCCUUUGUAAUGGUUUCUUUCCCAUAGGCACAUAGUGGUACAGUCCACUGUGCCAGAGUUAGUGUGAUAGUUAAGAUGGUACAGUCCAAUAUAGGGAAGCUCCUUCAAUCCUUACCAUGUUAUCUGUGUACAGUAUAUCAUACCUUCUGUCCAUGGCAUCAAAGGAAAAUUUAAGGCAAAAUAAGAAAAAAAUAUUAUUGCAUUGAUUUGCAGUAUUUUAAUACCUGAAAAAUAUUUUGGGGUUUCGUUGCAAUGGAAUAUAAUUUAUUUAGCACUGCUUAUUUAAUCUUGGAUGAGGUGUCCAGGUGAUUUUAAAGAGUUAUGCCGUCCCCCAAUGGCACUAAACAGUCUUGAUUUGUUUUUCGAUUGAUGUGCUGUUGGAGAUGUUGUACUUACCUGAGGCAUAGUCAUGCAGGUGCAACAUUACAGAAUGUUCAGAUAGAAAUGUGUUGCAUAGAACUGACACGUUUCUCUGUCAUGCAAAACAAUAACCAUGUCAGCUCUAUGCAUUUCAAUUCUAUCUUCAAUAUUGUGUAUAUACAUUGCUCACAACUGAAUAAGCACCCACGUGAAAGUUGGCUUUUUCUGUUCUGUUUCUUGGACACACUACGAGAGAGGAGGAACCUUGUAAAUGUGUAUAUGUUCCUCUUACCUGUAAAUACUAUCUAGAGUAGGUGACCCCGCCCUGAACCUAGCAAAGCCCCUCCCUCUUUUCUUCUGUAUGGAUGCACAUAACCCCGCCCAUGUCAAUUAAAUCUGUACAUAUUACACCAAACCCUGCCCCGCUCUCUGUGUUUGUAUCUCAAUGUUCAGUUCAUUCCGAAUUGCUAUGCUUUCUGUCUGCUAAGACAGGCAAGUUAAACCAACUUAAGCCCAACUUAAGCCCAACUUAAACUGGUUAAUGGGCAUGUAUAAGGUUGUCUAUCUUUCUGUAGUCAAUACCAGCAACCCCCCUUACCCCUAUCUUACACAGUCUGCCUAAUAUAAAAUGUUACUUUACCUGGCAUGAGGAGAAAUUGAAAGUUUAUAUUUUCUACAUUUGGGUAUUUGACUGUGUGACCCUGCUUGAUGUAAUCCUUUCCAGGGAUAGUCCUUCGGUUCUAUCUGGGAGAACCCUGUCUUGAAGAGCCCAUGUAUAGCUAGCUACAAGUUCAUGUAAAGUGUUCAACAGUUGUGUAGGGUUACACCUGUGCUUGUGACGUGAGACCUUGACCUCAACCUCCCCCAUGUUACUUUCAGCUCCUGAACCCCUCUCACACCUGUACCCCCUUGGAACUUUUGCUAGACUUUGCAUCAACCGUCCCCAAUGUUCUCCCAACGUUUGUCUUAGAGGUGGAAGGUGAAAAUAAAUAUGAACCUUGUAAAAUGGGUAAAACCUUUUUUAGUUUUUCUUGACGUUUUCUUUGGACUGUUUUCUUAGUUUCCUUUGGAUGGUCACUACAGCACUUUCUGUAAAUUGACCAAUAAAGACUUGUUUUAGAA